AUGAUUGAACUUGGAUUGAGUCGAGUCGCGAGCCUGCUCCAGCAGACUACGCUCUCAUGGAAGGCCAUUCAUAUUGCCGGGACCAAUGGUAAAGGUUCUAUCAGCGCCUACCUUUCGCAUUUGUUGUCCACUGGCGGAGUGCGUUGCGGCCGCUUCACUUCCCCGCAUCUGAUUGAUCGGUGGGACUGCAUUACAAUUGGCGAGAAAGUCGUUCAGGAAUCUCUGUUCCGCCAAAUUGAAGACCAGGUCAAACUACGAAACCAAACCCUGGGUAUCGGUGCCUCCGAAUUCGAGUUGUUGACCGCUACGGCAUUCGAGAUAUUCAACCAUGAACAGGUUGAAGUCGGUGUGGUUGAAGUGGGCAUGGGAGGCCGCCUAGAUGCCACGAACAUUCUGGACAAUGUUCUUGUCUCGGUCAUUACAAAGAUAGGAAUGGACCACCAAGCUUUCCUUGGAUCAACAAUCGGGGAGAUUGCUCGUGAAAAGGCAGGCAUCCUCAAGCCUGGAGUCCCCUGUGUGGUAGACAAUACAAACUGUCAGGAGGUGAUUGAAACUGUGAAAGGUCGUAUCCAAGAACUGGGUAUUGAUGCCUCUUUUGUGUCACCCGCACGGGUCUCUGAACAAAUUCCGGCACUUGCCCCUUACUUCAAGGAUCUUGAUCUAGAGCCUCACCAGCAAGAGAACAUGUGCUGCGCAGUAUCUGCCCUUCGUCUUGCUCUUUCUCAAGUCCGGCCUCAAAUGGAUGCUUUCUCAUUGCUCCCAUAUUUGGCUUAUGUAAAGUGGCCUGGCCGUUUGCAAAAGAUCGUUCUUCAGCCUUUGAUUGGUCGUGCAGAGCCGAUUCUGCUUGAUGGUGCUCACAAUGCACAAUCUGCUGAGGUCCUGGGAAAGUAUGUGGAUCGCAAGAUGCGUACUCGACACGACCCGGUGACUUGGGUUGUUGCCGCAUCAAGUGGAAAGGACCUUGCUGGAGUCUUUGGCUCCAUUAUCCGCCCUGGGGAUCACAUUGCCACUGCUGAGUUUGGUCCAGUAGAUGGAAUGCCAUGGGUGCAGCCAACUAAAGCCAAAGAGCUCGCUUCCUCUAUUCAAGCUAUUCAAGGCAUUGGGCAAGUCCAAAGCUUUGAAGGCGAUUUACUCCCUGCUCUCCAGUGGGCCAGUGAGAAGGCUCACGGGGGUCCUCUUGUCAUUGCUGGUAGCUUAUACCUUGUUUCCGAUGUCCUACGCCUCCUUCGUUCCGAGAAAUGA